CUCACCCCUAGCAGGCAGACUCGCCCCGCCCACAGUUGCCCUGGCAACCGCGCCGCGCUCAGUACGUUUGGGUUGCUCGGCCCCGCCUACUGGCCGUGCGUACGUGCGUCGUCUCUAUGGUGGCGGUGGAUUCGCAGGGACCUCAAGAUUCCGCAGUCAGGCAAGCGGAUCUGCAGGAUGUUCCGCCGGGAGCGCUCCAUUCCCCUUCGAGGUUCGGCCGCUGCACUGUGCAACAACCUCAGUGUGCUGCAGUUGCCCUCCCGCAACCUCACACAUUUUGGGGUAGUCCAUGGACCCAGCGCCCAGCUUGUCAGCGCUGCCCCUGAAGGUGUGCCCUUGGCCCAGCGCCAGCUCCACGCUAAGGAGGGAGCCGGAGUGAGCCCUCCGCUUAUCACCCAGGUCCAUUGGUGUGUCCUCCCCUUCCGAGUGUUGCUGGUACUCACCUCACAUCGAGGAAUACAGAUGUACGAGUCAGAUGGCUCUGUCAUGGUCUAUUGGCAUGCACUGGACUCUGGAGAUGCAUCUCCAGUACAGGCUGUGUUUGCCCGAGGGAUUGCUGCCAGUGGCCACUUCAUCUGUGUGGGAACAUGGUCGGGCCGGAUACUGGUGUUUGACAUCCCAGCCAAGGGUCCCAACAUUGUACUGAGUGAAGAGCUGGCUGGGCACCAGACACCAGUCACAGACAUUGCCACUGAACCUGCCCAGGGACAGGACUGUGUGGCUGACAUGGUGACGGCAGAUGACUCAGGCUUGCUGUGUGUCUGGCGGUCAGGGCCCAAAUUCAAAUUAUUGACCCGAAUUCCAGGAUUUGGGGUCCCAUGCCCUUCCGUGCAGCUGUGGCAUGGGACAGUAGCAGCAGGCUAUGGGGAUGGGCAGGUGCGUCUGUAUGAGGCCGGCACAGGAACUCUGCAUGUCCAGAUCAGCGCCCACGCCCGGGCCAUCUGUGCCCUGGACCUGGCUCCCGAGGUGGGCAAGCUUCUCUCUGCAGCUGAAGACACCUUUGUACACAUCUGGAAACUGAGCAGGAGCCCAGAGAGUGGCUACACUGAGGUGGAACACUGUCAUGGUGAGUGUGUGCCUGACACCCAGGUGUGUGGUGCCCGAUUCUGUGACCCCUCGGGGAGCUCCUUUGCUGUGACUGGCUAUGACCUCGCUGAGAUCCUGAGAUUCAGCAGCGUGUGAGAGAAGAGCAGUCCUCCUUUCUCCCUGUGGUGUUUAUAAAGUACCCCUCCUCCCA